AGGGCAUUGUCCUCGGAGCCUGGAUUGUGCCAGAGAGAGACGGCACUUCUGCCAGCCCGGCUCUUCACAUUGCGGCCCAUGUCUAGACCCAUUCAUGGAGAACAAACGAGGAAAGUGUGUGCUCAGGAGACGAAAUCAUCCUGCCAAAGUCAACCAUCUCCCAGAGCUGGAUGAAGAGAUAGACAUACUGUCCUCCAUCAUCAGCAAACACAGAGAAUCAGAGAUGAAGCACUCAGCCCCAUCUCCAGCUGCUCCUGAAACCCUUGAGAACGAUUCAGGGUCGAGCAGUCAUUAUAAAGCUUCUCCAACCGCUGCUACAUCCAACCAGUCUCCGACCAGAGGCCUGAUUAGUACCACCAGCCCGACCUCAAACACCCCGUUCAUCUCUGCUGUGCACAGCGCCCCCUUCAUCAUCCCGUACCCCUCUGAGGACCACUCCUUCAUCAUAUUUUUAGGUGUGUUUCUUAUGGUGGGCUCCGUGGCUAUGGUUUUGACUGGAGUCUGUUGGGUCAGGAUGCAGAGAGGAUGUCGUCUGGCCCAGAAAGUUGAUUAUCCUGCUUUUGGGUUGAUAGGUCCUAAUUCUUAUGAUAGUGGUAUGAGUGGAGAUAAAAAACUUGCCCAGAGUGCCCAGAUGUACCACUUUCAGCUUCAAAAGCAGCAAAUGAUGUCGCUCAAACAACGGAGUGAUUCUAAGAUUCCUGAUUCAGGAGCCACUUCAGAUGAGGAGAAUGAAGAUGGAGACUUCACUGUGUAUGAAUGCCCUGGACUUGCCCCAACGGGGGAAAUGGAAGUGAAGAAUCCACUCUUCGAUGACUCCACCUUUCAUCUUCACCUGCAAAGAAGUUACAACUAAACCCGAAUACUCAGAGGACGCAUCACUUCACGCACAAAACCCGCAUGAAUUCACAAUGGGGUGCUUUUCCUCAUGCACUUGCAUCAUGGUUCGUAUGGACAUUUGAGAGUUUUGUUUUUUUAAAUGCUGUUAAAUACUAGAUGCCAGAGGUGUUACAGCUUUAAUCCACGAGCUGAAACGAUGCUUUGCAAACCCUGACAGAAAUAAUUCGCUUAAAAUAUCGAUUCACACGUACACAAGCAUCCUUUCUGAAAACCAGCCUCUGUGGACCAGGACGCUGCGCUGUAGUAGCUUUCAGUUUAACUGCAGAUGUGUAAAAACAUUGCAUGGAUUUAAGAGUUGCACCCAUCCUGUAUAAUCAUGCACAGUUCGUGUUUCUCUUCUGGACCUGUUCGAUAGUAAUGUUCGCGAUGUACGUAAAGGACUGGACGUCUGGAUGAUCUGUUCUUGACAGCAGCUCAAGACUCAUUCAUUAUCAGGUUCUGUUAGGACGUCUUCUGUAGUAUAUUGUGAAUACUGUGCAAUGGAAAAGGAAAAUUAUUUAUAGAAUCAAUAGUUUGAACAUAUCUUGCCUGCAAACAUUAGUCAUAUUACAGUAGGAAGAUGAUGAGGAGGAGGAGUAAGUUGUACGGUUAGCAUAUUUAAGUUUUCUUCUACCAGAUUCGUCUGUGACUGUAUUUUUUAAAAUACCAAUGGUGAUUUGAAUAUUUUUUUAUAUUUGUGCUCACAAGAUUAACCCUAAAUGGUAUUAUGUAGCCUCUGUAUAAUCAGAAUGGUCCUACUAUGCAUGAUUUGAAGCUGUGUGAUAAUGAAGAGAGUCAGUGUGCAUUCCUGUUUCGUUUAUGGAACCAAAACUCAUAUAAAACUGGAAUUUUAUUAGCAAACCCUGCAUAAAAAAGAGCUGUUUUCCAGAAUUAUGGUGUGGUCACAUUUAGUUUCGUUUGGCUCAUUUUCAUGAGCAAAUCUAUCUAUUAAUCAAUGGCCAUGUACACACUGUAAAGAUUUAUAAGUGACAAUUAAAUAUCCCACAUUUAAAUAUGGGAGUGGAUCCCCUAAAUUAUUGUUCUGUGUAACCAUAGCAGGUCUAAGGGAUCAAUUAUUUUGGUAUUGAUUAUUUUUGACCAAAGUAUACAACAAACACUUCUUGUAGUUGUUGAUUUGAACAAAACCAUCGUCGAUGAAGGAGUUUGAUUUUAAAGGCUGCUUUGCAGAAGUGAAGUGUUCCCAACUCCAGAUAUUAAUAAUAAUAAUAAUUCCUUACAUUUAUAUAGCGAUUUUCUGGACACUCAAAGCGCUUUACACAUUUGGGGGAAUCUCCUCAUCCACCACCAGUGUGCAGCAUCCACCUGGAUGAUGCGACGGCAGCCAUAUUGCGCCAGACAGCACACCACACACCAGGUGAUUGUUGAAGAGGAGAGUGAUGAAGCCAAUUAUGACAUGGGGAUAGUUAGGAUACUGGGAUUUUUAAUGACCACAGAAAGUCAGAACCUCGGUUUAACGUCUCAUCUGAAAGACGGUGCUCACUGAUAGUAUAGAGUCCCCUUCACUAUACUAGGGCGUUAGGACCCACACAGACCGCAGGGAGUGCCCCCUGCUGGCCUCACUAACACCACUUCCGGCAGCAACAUACAUGUAGUUUUUUCCAUGUGGUCUCCCAUCCAGGUACUGACUGGUGCAGCCCUGCUUAUUACAUAUUAUAAGCAAGGCUUAUUAUGCAUCUUUGAACUUAAGCAGUCCAGUUCAUAGCAUUAUAAAAUAAACAGGUGUAGGCUCUGAUAAUUUCGUAUUGUCCAUCUUCAUUUUUAAUAUAAAGCAUUUGGGUUUAUAUUUCAUAAAGGGAUCUGGCAACUAUAAUGACUCAAGAUGUACCUCGUAUAUCAUUGCUUACAUGAGCAUAUACCACUGGGCCUUCCUUCACUCUCAGAUAUAUGUAUAAAAACUGGCACUAUUUACUUCUUAGGUUCUAUCAAGCUCAGUUUAGGUAAUGAUAUAUACCUUUAAAGGCAUAAUAUGUCAUUGUUGAUGCUAGAGGGUGAAUAUUCACAACAAACAAAGACCUGGUCUAAUGAUGCCAUCACUUGCUAUGUUUCCAUUCAAAAAUGUAAAUUAAAUGUAUGCGCAAAGCUGGAUUAUCGCAUAAAAGUUGUGCGAAUAAAGCAGCGUUUCCAUCCAAUGAGUCAAAGAGAACAAAAUCAUCACUUCCUGAUUAUCUGGCGCCAAAUAUCAACAGUAAAAAGUAUCAACUGCUGGUUUGUCCAUUCACACACAUUUUUAUCAUCACAUGAACAAAAUCACAACCUUUUUUUAAAGCACAUACUGGAAUUUGUUCUGUAAAAGUGUUUCCAUCAUAGUUUAUGUGCAUCUUUUCUUAUCGAAUAAUCCUACUCAGAUUUGAUCAUACAUUUUUUAAUGCACAUUUCUUAAAUUUACACACAUCUUGACGUUUCCAUCAAAAUGCACAUAAAAAAUAGGUUGAUGGACACAAAGCUACUGAGUGUGUAAUCAUUGGAGUUGUCGUCUUCAUUACAUCCUAUGGGACUCCAGCAGAAAUCAUGUUCAUGGAUCAGCUAAAGUAUUCACACCUUAUUAUCAUGCUAGUAUGAAGCAGAGUAAGGCUGAAAGGCGUUGACGUGAAAAGACACACUGAAGUAAUUGUUGAUGAGAGAAAUAUAUGUUAAGGUUCUGUUAUAAUGCUUCUAUAUGAAGUCCAAUAAAACACACAACAUAUUUAAGAGAAUUUGGUGUUUCCAGAUAUGCAAACUGUUUAUUAUGUUAUUAUUUUGGUUUAUUAUGUAAAACCAAACCAUAAAUUGAGGAUCCCGUCAUUAACAUGGCGGAACAAUAUCACAGUGUUUGGUCACUGGUUAAAAUUUCUAUCUUCCCUGGAUUUGAAUAUUUUUUGGGAUACAUUUGGAAUAAUGUAAGUACA